GAUGGUCAACGCUGGCUUCCAUAUCAUUCAGUCGUGGGAGAACAGUCGAAAGAGCAGCUGGUGGAGUUUUUUGGGAAUUUUUGGAACACAGCAGACAUGAAAAUCGAGUGGGCACCACUGCGGGUUCCUCUGGAACGCCGAAUGCAGAUACUGGUCACGGCCUUUUUCACCUCCAUGCUUCUGAUACUUUUGUCAGUUUCCUUCCUUUUGGUAGCUGGAUCACUGAUCUACGGAGGUCUUUUGGUGCGCAGCCUGAUGGUAACUUACUUGGCCUACGUCUUUGUGCACCACAAGAAAACCCAAUCCGUUGUGGAUGGCAAUGGCUGGAUGAUAACACGCACCAACCCUUUGCAUCGCCACUAUCGCGAUUACUUUCCCGUGGAGCUGGUGAAAACAGCCGAGCUGCCAGCUACUAAGAACUACAUCUUGGCCAGCUUUCCCCACGGAAUUCUGGGCACAGGCAUUGGCAUUAACAUGGGCUUGGAAAUCUCCAAGUGGCUGGAGCUAUUCCCCCAAGUGCGUCCCAAACUGGGCACUCUGGAUCAGCAUUUCCAUGUUCCGUUCAUGCGUGAGGUCCUCCGCUGCUGGGGUCUGGUAUCAGUGUCCAAGGAGGCGCUGAUCCGCAUGCUCAGGAAGUCAAAUGAUCCCAAGCACAAGGACAAUCGGGAUGGAUUCACCUCCAAUGCGGUGGCCAUUCUGGUUGGUGGGGCGCAGGAAGCCAUGGACUCUCAUCCUGGACAGUACAUUUUAACCUUGAAGAAUAGGAAGGGCUUCGUGCGAAUGGCCAUUCGAACGGGCUCAUCGAUUGUUCCUUCAUUUUCCUUCGGAGAGGUGGACAUUUUCGAUCAGGUGGCCAAUCCCCCCAACUCGCUGCUCCGCCGGUUCCAGGACUUUGUAAAGAAGCUGACCGGAGUCUCUCCGCUGAUUCCUGUGGGCCGUGGAUUCUUCAACUACACCUUUGGCUUCCUGCCAUUCCGACGACGCAUUGUCCAAGUUGUUGGUGCUCCCAUCGAUGUUGUAAAGAACGAGCAGCCAGACUCGGAGUAUGUGGACAAAGUUCAUGGACAGGUCAUUGAUGCGCUGGAGAAGUUAUUCGAUCAGUACAAAGACAAGUACUUGGAGAAUUCGAAGAGUGCCACUCUAGUUGUUCACUAGUUUUAAAGUGGAUAGAGAGUACUGUUCCAUCCACUGCAUUAAAUCAUGUUGAUACAAAUAUUCCUAUUGAAAUAGUAUUGAAAUAGCAACGAGCUUUUUAAUUGAA